UAAAUGGUGCAACUCAUCCUAACGAGAGGAAACCAGUCAGACAGAAUUAAACUCCAACCGAACAUAAUCAAUUUCCAUUUAUGAUAUGGACCAUUCACUUAAACGAUUUUGAUUUCAAAAGAUAAUACUGAUCCAUGUUGUUACGGUAGCAAUAAGCACGUAUCUGAUCGAUAAUAACAUCAAAUAUUUAGUCAAAAUUUUACCUCAAUAAUGAUGUAAGUACUUAGCUUUUAAAAACAGUCCUUUUGUAAUCGUAGGUGAUCAAACAUUCAACGCCAUGAAAAACAUUUUUUUUCUAAACUUUUCCUUAAUUUUGAUAUAUUUCUAUGAUGUUGAAUGUAUGACUGUUAUCCCCGAGAGGGCGAAUAUAAUAUACACGAACCCCAAAUACCUGGAGAACACGACGAUCACCGUGCGCCGCUAUAGCAGGAAGUCUCCCUACUAUAUCAACCUUGUUGGCUUCACUAAACAUGAAUGGAAUAACAAUAUAACGGUGGACGUAGUUCUCAAGCAGUUCUUGCAUAACGAGUACCGACGUUCAUUUAUUGAGAUGCAUUACAAAUUAUGCGAUUUCAUAAACAAGGAGCCUUUUGUAGGGGGCGCUGCAAAAAAUGCCGGCCUACGGUGCCCUAUGCCAGCCGGACAUCAAGCUAUGGUGAACAUGACGGCUCCUACAGAAAACUUUCCGAAUGUGUUUCCCUUCGAGAGAGGCAGCGUGGACAUCGACGUUUCCGUCACAGGCACGAAGGAGUUGGUCAUGCAGUUGUCCAUUAAAUUAACCUUCAUACAGAAGAAAAUAGCAAUAUAAAAUGCAUUUUUAUGAAAAAUACUGAUCGUUUUGAAGCACAAUGCUAUCAAUCAAGCACUUAGGUACCUACAGACCCACUGAGUGAUCUGUAUUGUUAAAGAUUAACAGGUAUUCAGAUCAGCACAACAGUAUCCAGAUUUACAAUCACCCAUUAAUGUUUUUUUUCUUUCUAUAUAACUGAAAUAGUUAAAGUUUGUUUUUAACACUCUUUUAUUUUUCUUGUUAAUGUUUUAAAAUAGCAAGAUCAGACCAAAUCCAGAAGCGCUUACAGACUGCUCGGCGGCUUUAUUCAUGUUUACAAUUCACUUUUAAACAUUUAUUAAAACUUCCAGUUAUAAUAAAAAGUUUAUUUCAUUUCAUUUUACAAUCUCACAGGUUUGAUAUCACAACAUGAGGAUUAUAUUAAAAAUACGGCAACACUGAUAACUGAUAUACGUAUUGUCACAAAGAAAA